AUGAAGGGCAUCAAAAACCACUGCGGGAGCAGCGGAAGCGACGGCGGGAUGCGGAAGGGCAGCAGGCGGAGCGACUGUCUGGCAUCGAGAUCAUCGCGAUGCAAUGCCUGCGAGUGCUCCACCAGCGCGCCCUCCCCGACCUCCUGCACCAGCAGCUGCGUGACGACAUCCAGGUCCACCGCACACGCCGCCUGCGCGCCGCGUCCCUCGCAGAACCGCUUCACCGCGGGGGGAUCCAGCAAUCCCUGCACCACCAGCUCCACCGCGGGGAACUCGUCUCCCGGCAGCAGCUGCCGCGCCACGCGCCACCCCGCGCGCCAGACCUCCCCGCGGUGCUCAUCGGUGAGGGGCAGAACCGCGGUGAGGAGGCGCACGGCGACGGCCUGGGCGAGCGCAAACCCGCGGGGAAGGUAG